UUCUGAAGCCAACAGGGAUGGACGAAGAAUAACGAUGUGUUUUGAUGGGUGCGGAAAGUUUCGCGUUGGUGGCCGCAGCCGCUUUAGUUUUGGUGGUGGCGGCGGAGGUAGUAAGUGGAUGUCCGCCUCCGUGCGAUUGCCCGGUACCUGGACAUCAAUCUGGCCGUGUCUCUUGUGAUGGCUCGGCUCUUACGAACAGAGAGGCUUGGGCGAUCGAGAAAAUCGUGUCCCUGGUUCCUGUGGAUGUUCGAGAACUGAACAUCACCGGAUUCUCCUUCGUUCGCAUUCCAACUGGCGUGUUUCAGAGUUUUCGUGGUCUGAAAGGGUUGUCCGUGAAGAACAGCGGAGUGAAGGAAGUAGCAUCCGCCGCAUUUUUGGGCCUGGCAGAAUUGCGAAGCUUGGAUCUUUCUGGCAAUGAUCUCCUUUCACUUGGGUUGAAUACGUUCCAUUCCCUGGAUCGGCUGCAGAAUGUUGACUUGUCGAAAAAUCCACUUGUUUGUGGAUGUGACAUCAAAUGGUUGUGGGAAUGGAGUCAGAACAGCAAAACUGUUACUGCAACUUGCACAGAUGGUCGAACUUUGAAUUCUCGGGUCGAAUUCGACGGAUGUCCCAGAAGUAAAAGAGUAGCUGAUCUUCUGAUGCACCCAGUCGGAAAACAGCUGAUGUUUGCGGGAGAUUCAGUUACUCUCACCUGCUCAGCUGUGGCUCAGAAACCGGAUUCGCUCAAUGUUUUUUGGGUAAAAGGAGGCGCGCCGGUGAAUUCUUCUUUUCCUGGUGUCACUUUAUUACGACCCGAAUUGCGAAGAGUUGACAUCGAGAUAUCAGUGUUGUCAGCUGUCCAUGAUGGGGACUGGACCUGUGUUGCCAAUUCCUCUUUGGAAAUCGAAACAAAGGAGCUUCAGCUGCGUGUCAUUUCCGAGCAUACAGCUUAUUGUCCUGAUACGAUUACUGAAGGGAAUCGGGGAAGGUUCACGUGGCCGAAAAGCUUGGAGGGAACUAAAGUUCUUCUUUCCUGUGGUUCUGGGGAUGAGUUCUCUGCGAAAGCUCCUUCAGGGACUUCGCCGAAAAGUGCAUCUGACAGGAACCCUGUUGUAGCACAUCACUGUCGAUCGCGUGGUGUUUGGGAUGAGCUGGAUGAAUCUGCAUGUCCCUUUGUUUCUGUGUCAACGAAAAUCCUGCAGCAAUUCUCCGAGACGAGCAUUAGAAAUAUGCCCAACGAGGAUUCAGCGUUGAAAAGUGCAAACUUGUUGAAGAACUACACUGCUAACACGACGGUAAUCAGAGAUCCGAUUGACAUUGUGUUCAUUGCUAGAACUUUGGAUAACUACGUGGAAUACGCCCCCGAAAUAGCCAAGCAUACGCGAGAGUUGGCCGGUGAACUAGUCGAAAUCGCCUCUGUGAUCCAAGGACUUCAAAAUGAAGCAUUAUUGAGAGAAGCCCAAUUUUCUCCUCUGUAUGGACGAACCUUGACGAGGAUUGUCAGUUGCUUGGAGAAAAUACCUCAGCAUAUCCGAGAUUUUUAUCAUGGCGGGACGAGAAUAUCCAUAUCAGCGCAACCGGUGGAAGCUGCCAGCUUUGCAGGACUUCAUUGCAAAUGGGUGAAGAAGGACAUAAACCAUCGAGAAAUAACUUGCAAACAUUUGCAAAUGCUUGAGGGCGAAAGUUCAUCUAUGCCUUGGCCAGAUGUAACGAUGGAUGAUGAAGACGUGUUGGCUUCCAUAGCGAUUCCUGGUGAUAUUUUGUCCCCUGGUGCCUUGGGCAAACAACUGAUUGGUUUAACAUGGAACGAAUGGACCAAUAGACACCAGGGUCGAGAGAAGAGAUUCACUGGUCGCCGUGGGGAUUCCAGGAAUCAACAGAGAUUUGAUUUUUUCGCCUUCGAAUCAUAUUCGUUGUUCCUUGACGAUAAUGAGAAUCGGGUGAUUGCCGGCCCCGUAUUCGGAUGCAAAACAUCCCCGUUUCCAUCUUUGGAACCGGACCCGAAGAUAUCGGUGGAUGUGAGCAUUCGACUUCCGUUCGACAUCCCGGCAUCCGUAGCUCGGGAUGUGGUAGCACUGCACGACCAGGAUGUUGAUGGACGACUACCACCUCCGAUACUCGCAGGCGCCAUGUGGAACGAAUCCACUGCGCGUUGGGACGUUGGUGGACGACACUGCAGUGUUGUUUCGAUCAAUGACGCCGUCGUGCUUCUGUCGUGUCACCGUUGUGGUUAUUACGGUGUGUCCGUGGAGCGGAAAUUUUUUCUCCGACUAAAACCUGGUGCCGCGGGUUUCCAAAAGCUUCCGCAUCCCUUGAUCUUCGUCGGCUCGGUAAUCUGUGUUGGUUGUCUGCUGGUUGGAAUCGGUGUUCUUUGGCUUGAACAACGGAGAAUUUCUUGGCCUUCACUGAUGCGACACACACUGGCGAAUUCGUGGGUUUCCAUCGCCUUGCUGGUCUCUUUGUACUGCGGUGGGAUAUUUCAAACUGGAAAUGCCAAAGCCUGCCAGGGAAUUGGAUUACUUCUGCAUUUUCUCGUGCAAGCUUCUGUGAUGUGGAUGAUAAAUUCAUUGAGUUACUUACACUCCAAAGUCAAACUCCCGUACCAUUCAGUUCCCGGAAGCGAGGCGGAAGAAGAUCCGCCAGCAAACGUCGGCUCCUUGGACCCGCCAUUGGGCGACAAGGCGACAUUGGACUUUGCCGUUUCCGACGACGACGCUGGCAAACAAGUCCUUCAAACGUAUCUCCUCGGAUACGGCGUACCAUUUUUGCUUUGCGCCGUGUCUGCGUCCGUCAACAUCCGCGAAUACGGCGGACUCUACGUGUGCACGUUGCCGUGGCGGCCCGCUGCCUGGGCCGUGCUCGCGCCAUUAGGCAUUGCCGCCGUGGCGGCGCUGGUCUUGUGCCUAUGCGUGGCGUGCACGUUGCAGUGCAGCCUUGUUACUGGGGCGGAUGCUGACGACGGCGGUGUAGACGGAGGAGGAAGUGGAGUGGGAGAGCAGCAAGCCAUGUUGAAUUCACACGUGGCAGCGUUGCUGAUGUUUGCCGCCGUGGUGGUCUUCGCUGCUUUGGCUGUAGCAAGCGCCGAGGAGGAAGUGCGUUCUGCGGCGGAUGUGGCAUACGCGGCGCUGUAUUGUGCGGCUUGCACUUUGCUGGGAGUGUUUGUGUUCCUGAGGUUUGUUUUGCUGAAGAUAGACUUCAGCGGAUCCAAAGCAGCUGUCGCUGUAGUACCGAUUGCGCCAGUAGUGGCGGAGCCAGAGCCAACGCCAGUGAUGGUGUCCGGAAGCGUUACCUCGGCGCCCGCGGCGCAAACUCGCUCUCAUGCCUCUGGAGGGGAGAGUUUCGCACCCGUGGUGCUGCCACCGGCAGUUGUGGUGGCUCAACCACCGGUGCCAGUGGUAAACCGUGUGUUUUACGAUCCGCAACAAAUGAGUGUUGCCAAGCGGUUCUUCGAAAAGCAGCGAAGGAAACAGCUUCGAGCAGCUGUGGUGGGGAAUCCCGCCGAGUCUUGGGGCGAUGGCAGCGAAGCUGUGUACGCUGGUGGAGACGGGGACGAAACGAGUUCACAUUUUACCAGUGUGAGCAACCAACGACCGAACGUGGGACAGCGGAUGUGCAAAUGGUCCGGAUUUUAUCAACAAGAGAGAGUUGUGAUUGGCCAAGAGUGCAUCGGGGCAGUGGCGGCGGCAUCAGCAGUAGGAGCAGGGACGCCAGGAAUCGACAUUACGUCGGGCGGAGACGCCCAUUCCGACGUUCUCUUGCCGGACGUGGAUUCGGAAGACGGACUCUCGCUGAUGCGGCCAACACACCAAGCAACUUCGCCGUCACGCAGCAUCGUGUCGGACGCCACGUGCGCCACUUACAAUUCAUCCAAUGUCGCCGCUCUUCGGAUACGUGGGCUGCGUGACGUGGGCGCCCAUGAAGGAACGACGGCCUUAUCGCCGCCGCCGCUGCGAGAACCUGCGUCUGCUUCCACCUCGUCGUGUUCCACUGGAUCCUGCCGGAACAAGAAAAGGGAAACGUGCAUAUAGUGGUUAUUUUUUUCUAAUCUUUUUUCAGUCAAAUUCGAGCUAUCAUUCGACUCACGAAAUCGGUGAACUAAUUUGUUAUUGAUACUCUCGAGAAUCCGAAGAACGUUUUUUCUCUCUUUCAACUCGAUUUAGCUAAGCUUUCCAAAGCAGUUUUUGUCCAUGGCGGUGAUCAAUUUUGCGAGGGUGGUUAGGUGUCACUGUCAGUCACAAGUAAAAUUUUAUUUUACGGUUUUCAUCACAAAUUUAAUGACUCGUUUUGGGUUCUUCCCGAGUGUGUGCACGAGCGCCGCUGCUGACACGUAAAAUGGUUCAUGGGAUUCUUGCUGAGAUUUUGAAUGGUGAGGGUAAUUUCGUAUUUUUCUUCCUUUAAAAAUUAUUUCUCAUGUUUUUCAAGUAUUUUUCACCAUGUGAUGCGCUUGUGUCUACGUUUCACUUAAAAAUUUGACGCAGACUUAAAACGCAAAUACGUCCAUUUCUUAAAAGUCAGUUAAUUCUUCGCAUUGCUUUAUGAAGCUUGAAAAAUUAUCUAGUUGCACUUGAGGCAAAGGUUAGGGGCACGGUAAUGAGAAAAAUCGAAAUUAUAACUGGAAUUUUAAAAUGAAUGUCCGCAUUAUAUAUUCAAAUCGUGCAAAGAGCUUGUGAUUAUUUCGUUCAAGAAAUUCAAUUCAAUUUCUUGAAAGGAAUUCGGAGCCCUUUUUUGUUUUCAAUUUUCCAAUCCUGUCGUUCGAAAUUUUCCUUCAUUAUUUGUUUUCUUCCAGCUUUUGUUUUUUUAAUCCUUGUUGACUCGUUGAACUUAUUAUUGUUUCGUCCGUUGGACUCAGUCAGGUCUGGAAGGCAGGGAUACCUUUUUUUUAUCUUUCUGCUAGUCACGUGAAAUAUUCGCACUGAAACGUUUUGUAACGCUGUUUUGUAAGUACUUCGCUUGUGAUCAUCUCGGUAUAUUCAUCUGACUUGAUUAACCGGGACGGGUUGAAGAACCGCGUUUUUUUUCUCAAGUUGAUUAGAUUGACUUGAAAGUUCUUACCGUCUCCUGUGAAGAAAGUGUUCAGUUUUUGGCAUGUAUUUGUAUUAGGAAACUCUGACAAAAAGAAGGAAUAGCGCUUG